UCUACCCUCAUUUUCGUUCUCAGACUAUUCCGAAAAGAUGUCGAUGACGACGAUGGGUGUUGCAGGUAACAUGGGUAUUCCUGAACUCCGGCAAAUUCUGAAAGAGCGAUACAGAAUUGCUAAUAACAUGAAAAGCUGCUCGGCUGAGAUGAAAGAGACCAAGAACUCAUCCUUGUUUGGAUCCUUGGAGUACUCUCUUUCACAAAGACUGAUCGACGAGAGUAAAGCUCUUAUGCCGGAGAUGAUCAAUAUUCUGGAUAAGACGAACAACAAUGAUCAUCAAAAGCCCACAAAAGCAACAAAGCAAAAUUCCGGUGUGGAUUUGAAGCUUCAGCGAGCUAAGAAGGUGAAGGAAUCGCGUGAUUACUCUUUCUUGUUAUCAGAGACUUCAGAAGUUCCGAAGAUUUCAAAAGCGUCACCACCAAUGUCUAUUCCUAAAGCUGAUGGUAAUGGGAUCCCAAAGAAGAGUCAUGAUAAGGCGUCUUCUCUGAAACCAAAGAAGAGUGGUGAUGAUAACAACAAGUCCAAAGUCUCCUCGGCAAAGUCAGAGUCUUUUUCGAAAGAUUCAGUUCUGGUUUCUGGUUCAGAGAGUUUGAAGUCUCGGCCUCGUGAGAACAUGGUGACAAAGUCACAAGUUUCAUCUGCAAAGCGAAGCUUGAACCCGAAACAAGCAGAGCUCUGUAACACAAAAGUGAUGCCGAAAAAGGAAGGUCCUUGCCUGAAGAAAAAAAUGAUCAAGAAACGCCGAGUCGAAGAGGACUUGGGGGAUGAUGGCAAUGUAGACUUUUCUUCACUAAUCCAAGAUAUUAUGGGGAGAAGAGGAAAGAGGCAAUACAGGAAUUAUGGUGACGACGGCGAUGAUCGUGCUAUGGUGUCUGGCUUUAUUGAUAUUCUGAAAGAAGAGAGGAGGAGUGCAGAGAUUGCGAGGAAGGAGGAUGCAAUAGAGGCUCUAAGGCUUGAGCAAGAAGCCAAAGAAGAGAGGUUGAGCAUAGCAAAGAAGCAGAAGUUGAAGAAUUAGAUGUUAGGAUUUGACUUCGUAGUGCAAUUUGUAA